UCUCAUGGUUUAAUGUGAUAUCACUAUCUCACUUGUAAAAGCCAUAAACUAUCUAUCUAAAUUGAUUAUUUUUUAUUUGUCCAAGCUGUUGUCAUCUGAUUGUGCUGUGAUUCCUAAAAUUUCUCGAAUUUAUUGCUUUGUUUGCGCUAUCAUGCAAUAAAGUAUCAUUAUAAUCUUCAGUGAUGUGCAAAGGCUGAAUGGAACCUUUUCUUUCUUUUUAUUUGAAUAAAUAAUUUGCUUGUAAAUGUCCGUGUCUUUGUGUGUUCUCCGUAUUGAAAUCGACGAAGAUCUUCCCGAAAUGGGCGAUAAUCCUGCUGAAAUGGAAGCUGCUAAAGAACAGAAGAAGAAAGACCGUGGAGCCCGUGAGUCCAAGACCAUCACCGUAGAGACAUAUGCCAGUGUCCUCACAGGCCCUAAUACGGACACAGGGAUCCUGCCCACCAGCUCUAGACGCUCCCCUCCUGAAAACAGCAUGUCUGAGGAAGAUGAUACCAUCAGUUUCUUCUGUGGAAACCCUCUCGUUGAAGUCACAAAGGGAGUCCUACAUCUGUACAAAGAAAAUGAAAUGAAAGAAGCAGAAGAGGCAAAGACCCUGUGUCUGCUGUCUGUGCCUGGGGCUCUGGGGGCUCCAGACCUUCUGGCUUUUGCAGCGGCCUGCCAGCAGGACAUUGCUCAUGUCAGGGUGCUGAGGGAUGGCUCACCUGAUCAUUACAUGGCUUUAUUUACAUUCCGCACCAGUGACGCGGCGCGUGAGUUCCACGAGACAUUCGAUGGGGUGCCGUACAGCAGCUUGGAACCCAACGCCCUGUGCCACAUGGCCUGGGUGUCGCGCGUGGAGUGGGCCAGGGAUGGCACUCCGCCCCCCUCACACACCGAGCUGCCUACUUGUCCUGUGUGCCUGGAGCGCAUGGACGAGAGUGUGGCGGGCGUGCUGAGCGUGCAGUGCGCGCACGCGUUCCACGCGGAGUGCCUGGUGCGCUGGCGGGACGCGCGCUGCCCGGUGUGUCGGUGCGCCCAGACGCCGGAGCCGCGCGGCCAGGCUGUCUGCUUCCAGUGCGAGCGAGCUGCCCUCGCAGAAGAAGACGGCGACGAGACGCGAGAAAACUUUAGCGGCGUGGCCGAAGGUUUGUUGGACGGCGUGGAAGCCGGCACGCUGUGGAUCUGUCUCAUCUGCGGGAAUGUUGGAUGCGGCCGGUACGAAGGUGGACAUGCAGCUAAACAUUUCUUAGCGUCAAACCACACGUACGCACUGCAGCUGGGAUCUAAUAGAGUUUGGGAUUAUGCGGGUGACAACUUCGUCCACCGCCUAGUGCAGAACAAAGCUGAUGGUAAGCUGGUGGCUGCGGAGGGGGGGUUCACUUCAGAAGACUCCGCCUGUGGGGGGGAGAAACUGGACUCUGCGCAGCUGGAGUUCACGUACAUACUGACGCAGCAGCUCGACAGCCAGCGCAUGUUCUACGAGGAGAAGAUGAACAAGUUAGAAGCGGAGCACAUAUCGGAGUGUGAGAAGCUUCGGUUCCGAGCGACGGAGGCGGAGGCGUCGUCCUCCAAGCUGAGCGAGCAGGUCGCCACACUCACGCGGGAGAAUAAGAACUUGGAGAGGAAGCUGCAGCAAGUUACCAACAAACUAUCAGUAUUGCAAAACGAGUUGUCAGAGGAACGAGGACUGGCCGCUGCCCUCGCUAACAGCCAGGCGGAGUGGCAGGCCAGGGCUAAAGUCAAGGAGGAGAACUUUGUUAAGGAGGUAUCCGAGCUAAAAGAACAGCUGCGAGACGUGAUGUUCUUCGUGGAAGCUCGUGGCCAGUUGCAGCAAGCCGGAGCCUCGCACGCCGAGCUGGCCGACGCACAGGUCAGCGUCGCGCCGCCACCCAAACCGCGGCGGCGGCGCCGGUAGCCUGCUAGUACUGUAACACUACGCUUAUGUGGAAAAUAUACUUCUCUAUUAAUCAAAACUCAUUGUUGAACAGUAUUAUAGUCUUCAGCUAUAAAAUUACCGUCAGAUCUGCAGUUUCAUAGGUAGGUAAAACGUUAUAGAAAUGUAGCGUGAUGGUGGAUGCCAAUUUGUGUAAAGAUAUUUGAUUUCCCGCCUUCCAAUUCUAUUUACAUAGCAACUAAACUAGCCAGAUUAAACAAAAAGUAAAUUGUCCCUUACUAUUACGAAUUCCUUCAAUAGUUGUGACACACGCGUAGAUUGUGUUUAGCAGGUUAAAAUAAUAUAACUCAGAUUUUUUCAAUUCAUAUAAGCGUAGUGUAUUUUAUUUAAAUGUAAUUUAAUAAAAAUAUAGGUAUAAUGUUGAUGUAAACCCCUUGCGUUAAUGUAACAAAAUAAAAGGCUGUAUUCUUCAAAUAUUUAAUGAUUGAAACGCAAACGUGUCUUUUAAAAGUAGUGUAACUAUCUAUGUGGCCCAAAUGUAAAAGAAUAUAAUAUAUUUAUUGUUUUUUAUAAAACUAUCACUGACUAACAUCUGUGGCUAUUACAUUCACUUUUUUAUUUGUAAAAUUCAAUCAAAGAUGGAGGUUUGAAAUAUCUAGGGUUGCCACAUUUGCCACGUUUUCCAAUAUAAGGGUAAACAUAUGCAGCUUUCAUCGAAUGUCUCGAAUGCUGCAAGUCACUGUGAUAAAUGUUCAUAGGUUGUAAGUGAAAAUAUUAUUUCGAUGUAUUUUUUGUGACUAAAUUUCUAUGCCAAGGCACAUACUUAAAUUGAUAAAGACUUGUGUCAUGUAAUAAUUGGUAAAUUGUAGAUUAUGAAAACAUUGGAUUUACUGUGGUGAAUAAAAAUGAUUAAAAAUAA